ACGUGGUCCUCCAAAUUCGACCUCAACGAGGCUGUAAACUUCAACAACAUAAAUCCUUUCUUUACUUUAUCUGACCACCUGCAUACUACUAAUAGGGGAAUUAUCACCACCACUCACGAACUUCUUUUAUUUUUUUAUUUUCGUACUAGCAUUUAAAUAUCUCAUUUAAUUUACUUAUUGGUCUCUCUCCCGAAUUCCAAUUUUUGUUUAUCUCUUGCAUUCAAAGAGACUACAUUCAAGAAACUACUAAGCCAUCUUACUGUUCUCUCGAGUACCUAUUCUCCGUCGCGUUUCGUAUCUUUCGUACCUUCACACGUAAUCCUAGUCGCCUGCGCGAAUCAAACGUCCCAUCAUCAUGGCUGAUGUAGAUGAUGAAUUCUUAGCCAUUGUCGGGGGCGACGAGUCGUCUGAUGAGGAACAAGAGCAGCCUGCAAGUCCCGGCCGUUCUGCAUCUGGCUCACCCGACCCUGAAGCCAAGGAUCAUACCUCAAGCAAAACAAAGCACAAAUCUAGCAAGAAGAGAACCGAUGAUUCAGAUGAGGAGGAAGGCGAGGCCUCUUCUGUUGGAUCUCCCGCCUCACAGAAUUCCGCACCUAUGGACGAAUCCGAUUCCGAGUCCGAUACCUUUCAGGCUACUAAUGCUAACGGUAAGAUGGACGACGAUGACGAUAACAAAUACCCGGUCGAUGGGAUCUACGCAAGCGAAGCAGAAAAGGAAGAGAUUCUAGCUAUGCCCGAACUAGAACGAGAACAGUUACUUGCUAGACGCCAGGAGGAAGUUGACCGCCAGCGACAAAAUACCCUACUUCGCCGAUUGUUGAAGACGAGAGAGGAUGACAGCCAGUCGGUCAAGAAGCGCAAAGCUAGCGCUGCAGACUUGGACGACUCCCAACGCAAGCCAUCGCGACAGCGAACCCGAAUUGGUGGUUCAAGAGUAGGCGAAACCAGUGCUGGUAUCGAGUCGCUUCGUCGCGCCAGAGCCGAGAAGAGCGACCGACAACGUCGUAGAGAAGAGGAUCGAGAACGCAACAAGAAGUCGCACUCAGGCUCGCGUGACAGCCCUAGUCGUGGUGUCGAUGACGACAGUGACGCUGAGUGGGCUGGUAGGUCGAGAGACAAGUUUUCCAGGUCGCGAACUCCUGAAGUGAAAGAAAUCCCCCUCGCCGAUAUCCGCGAUUUCGAGCGUAUACGACUUGGCCGCAGCCGAUUUGCGCAAGUUUGUUUCUAUCCUGGUUUUGAUAAAGCUAUUACGGGUUGCUAUGUCCGUAUAGCUCUUGGACCAGGUUCUGAUGGUUCUAACGUGUACCGCAUGGCCCUCAUUAAAGGCUUCACACAGGGCAAACCAUACGCUAUGGAGAAAUCGAACGGUCAGAAUUUUGUUACAGAUCAGUAUGUGAUCGCCGCCCACGGCAAAUCAGAAAGAGAGUGGCCUUUUAUUAGUUGUUCAGACUCACCUUUUACUGAGGCCGAGUUCAACCGUUACAAGAAAGUUUGCCAAGACGAGGGUGUCAUCUUUCCUAAACGGCCUACGCUGGACGCCAAAAUAGACGAUAUCAAUGCUCUGGUGAAUCGUUCCUGGACGGACGCAGAGGUGAAUGCAAAGAUUGAGCGAGAGCGAAGUUUGCUCAGCAAAUUCACACCUACAGAGCGAAAUCGACUGCUCGAAUUGAUCGAGGAAGCCAAACGUCGUGGGGAUGAUGCCCGAGUGUCGGAACUCCAAGAUAAGCUGGACUCUCUCGAAACCCCACGCUUGGCCUUUAAGACUAGCCUCACGCCGUCGAAUAAGUCGACUAGUUCUACUCCUUCACAGCAGGAACGAUUGGCAGCUUUGAAUGCUGAAAAUCGGCGACGUAAUGUGGAAGCAGUUCGUAAGGCGCAGCUAAUGGAGAAAGCGAAGGCGCGACAGAUCGAGGCACGCGUUGCGCGGGGAGAAGAUGUCAAUGAAGACACCUCACGACGUCUCAGGACCAAGCCUAAGUUCCGACAGGAUAUCAACGGGCCCACUGAGCAGAAGUCAACAAUUGGCAGCGGUGCAUCGACACCAGCAAACGGCACACCUAAGCAAAGUGCUGCCACUAAAGCGCCGGUCUUGCCUCACAUACAGAAACUACAAAUACAGAACCACCAGUCAGGGAAAGACAAGAAAGGAAUUCCGCAGAUUCAUAAGCCAAUUGUGGAUGAUGAUAUCAUCGCGGCUUUGGAUCUCGACAUCGAAGUUGAGAUUGAUUAGAGGAAGCAAGCAACUUUCCCCAUAAUACCUGGACUAGAUUCUUAUUUCCUAGUCAAUAUUUUCUCUUUGCGUUGUAAAGUAAAGGAUAAAGUAUUUUAUCCGUAUGACCUCAGGGGCAAAUCACCAUGGAAGUUAAGGUAUUGUUCA